CGAUGCAUCGGAUGCAGCCAAAAAACACACUACAAGGUUUUGUAUGUAUGUACAAGUGACCGAAUGCGACAGCAACAAGCCGUACGAAGGGAUGCGAUGCUGCAGGAGAGAGCGUGACCAGCGCCGGAUAUCCGGUCGGCGCCAUAUAAUCCAGCACGCCAAUUGCACUUGCCACAUACACAGGAGCAGUGGCGGAGUCGGGAUGAAUUCGCUGGCAUAGUAGUCAUCACAUCAUUCCGCAUCUAUCCGCUAACCGGCCCAAUGCUGAUCAAACAGGCCCUUUCUUGCCCGGUAAAUUACAUUAUCCCCAACUUCCCAUGGACGCCAUCCCGCGGGAUCGGCCGUGCAUUGUCUCCGUCUUCCCCUCCUGCAUAUCAAUGACCGCAGCCAUAAUCAGUUAUUAUCAUUCUUUUUAAAGUGCGAUAUGCAUGUGAAAAGAGGCUUCUAAGCAGUAGUUGGCAUCCUUCGACGGCUGACCAUGCUGGAUUGGGCUCAUCCAUGCCGGGACGUGGAGAAGCCUGAUCAGUUUGGCGCAGUUGCAUUGCUAACCUUCUUGCCAGACGUUGUCGUGGAGCUGUUUGGCUGUAUCCAGCAAGUGCUGGGAUAUUUGCACAACAAUAUUCAUGUGGUGGAACAAAUACGUCUUCGUGCUGCGGUGGCAUCUGCUGGCCAUAUGUUUAUUUCAUGUCAUCAUCAAGUUUCAUUUAUGCGUCGGCAACGACGCUUCCGGAUGGUCCGAGUAUGACACGGAGAUACCCUUCAGCUAUCGCAUUCAGUCGGCUUUUCGAGAUGCCUACUGGGAGAAGAGAAGUUCGGACGAGCAUAAACUGCUGCAGUACCUGAUGGCGAAUUACGAGAAGGCCGCCCGGCCCGUGGUCAACGCAUCGACGCCCAUCACGGUGAAGGUAGGCUUCGUCCUGACGCAGAUUUCCUCCGUGGACGAGCGCAAUCAAGUCCUCACCACCAAUGUCUGGUUUGAAAUGGAGUGGACGGACGAAGUGUUGAUGUGGGAUCCGGUGAAGUUCGGGGGCAUCCGCGUACUGAUUAUGCCCAGCACCAAGGUCUGGCUGCCGGAUAUCGUGCUCUACAACAAUGCGGACGACUACAACAAGAAUCUGAUGCCGGUGAACGUCGUCCUGCAGUACAACGGUUCCAUCUUUUGGAAUCCACCCACCAAGAUGCGCAGCACCUGCAAGAUCGUCACCACCUAUUUCCCUUUCGACGAUCAAAAGUGCCACUUAAAGCUUGGGUCAUGGAUUUACGAUGGCUUUCAAUUAGACGUGAUUAAGCGGAAGCCAAACGUGGACCUGACCGCCUACGUCCGCAGCGCGGAAUGGGACAUUAUCAACACAACGAUGGUGCGCAACGUCAACUACUACGCUUGCUGUCCCGAGCCCUUCCCCGAUGUCACCGUGCACUUCCACAUCCGCCGCAUCACCGUCUACUACGGCUACAACAUCAUCGCGCCCUGUGUCAUGCUUUCCAUGCUCACCAUUGUCCUCUUUUGGCUGCCCUGCGACGCCGGGGAAAAGAUAACUCUGGGAUUGACCGUGCUGCUAGCAUUUUCCGUCUUUAUGCUGAUGAUUGGCGAAACCAUGCCGGAAACAUCCGAUUCGAUGCCACUGUUAGGCAUUUAUAUCCUAUCGACGGAGUUCAUCGCCAGCUUCUCGGUGGCGAUGACGGUCACCAUCCUCAACCUGCACUACCGCGGCUUCAAGCGCAACCACGUUCCCGCCUGGCUGCGACGGCUGGCCUUCGGCUACCUGGCUAGGCUGACCUGCAUGCCGCCGCUGUACUCCAUCGACGGCAAACUACUGCAGCUGCCACCCAACACCCAACAACGUGCCGCGCGUGCCUACCGCAAUGCCACCUACCAGUCUGGCCACGAUGCCGAUGUGGAGCGCAGUCUGGACCUGGCCGAAUUCCGCCGGCUGAUCGGCCGCCACCCUUACGCGGGCGGAAGCACGCCCCGCAGCGUGGAGCUGGCAACGCCGGCCUCCAACUGCCACUUUCUUUCCUAUGACUCCACGCACUCCGCCAGCCUCUCUUUCGCCUCGUCCGCCCUGCCGCCCGGCACAAUCCCCACGGGCGGUGGCGGCAAUGACAUUGCCGGUCGUGUCAAGUGUCUCCUGGACAAGUUCGACGAAGAGAAGAAGAUGGAGGAGAACCUGGCUGAGUGGCGGCGCGUCGCGGAGAUUCUGGACCGAGUCUGCUUCUAUAUCUUCCUCCUGCUCAUCUUCUGGACCACCAUCGCGCUCCUCGUCCUCUCCCCGCUCAGCAAAGCGCCGUGAUGCAGAAGACCCAGAGAGUGACCUUCGCUAUGGGCGAAGAUCGCGGCUAUCGCUAUGGGCGAAGAUCGAACACUGUCAAGCAGGUCGCCAUUGAUGUAUUCUUCUGUCUUUCGGUCAGAUUAAGCGAUUUGUACAAUUAAAUACAGCCUAUUUAUUGAAGCCAUGAGUCACUUGACCUACAUGCUUUAAAUGCGCUUUAAAUGCCGCUACAUGUUGCUUCGUCCUACGCAUGAUAUAGGUCCUGCCAAAUUAAAAUCACCAAAACGCAAAAUUCAAUACAUUCC